AUGGCGCUGCAGCUGGAUAAGGCGACUCUGCUAUCCCGGAGGGCAACGAUGAUCACCGCGCUGGGUCGGGCAGAGGCGUUCGUGAACUCCUUCGACGAGCAACGCGAUCGGAUGCAGGUGCCCAUUCGCCUCGAGUACCUGAACAACAUGUGGGCCACAUUGGAGGAGGUGCAGGGGCAGCUAGAGGACAUCGAAGACGGCGAUGAAGGUGAACCAACGGAUUCCUGGAGCAGCAUCCUGGAGCAUCUUCUGUGUACGAAGCUUCCCAACGAUACGCUCAAGGCUUGGGAAGAUCACGCGUCAACCACCAACGAGCCAAACUACAACUGUCUGAUCGAGUUUCUUCAGCGUCGUAUGCGAGUUUUGGAAUCCAUCUUGGUGAACCAUCAUCAGCUUGCAUCCACUUCGAAUGAGUCCACUUAUGCUUCCAGGAAGCCAUCGCAUUUUCGCCUCUCAUCUUGUGCUUCCACUUCUACUUCUGGUAGCAAAUGUCCGGCUUGCAACCAGGAACAUCCGUUGAUGAAAUGUGAGAAAUUCAACCAACUUUCCCAGUCCGAACGACAGCAACUCAUUUCAAACAAACGUUUGUGCCACAACUGCCUGAAGGGUGGCCACAUUGCUCGAAAUUGUCCUUCGAACUACAACUGCAGGCACUGCAACAAGCGUCACCACACCAUGCUGCAUUCCGGCGAGAAUUCAAGGCCAGCAAGCGAGUCAUCUUCCGUUCGUACUUCUAUGCCGACUCAAGCCAUUCAGUCUAGCGCUUCUUCUGUGCCCGAGCCAGCCUCCCAAUCCACCGUUGCAGCAGCUGAAAGUAUUUCCCGGGUCGUUGUCAGUGCUUCUGCUCCACAGCCUCGAGAAGACGUUUUCCUUUUGACGGUGUUGGUGAAGGUCGUUGAUGCGUACGGUCAAGAUCACAUUGCUCGCGCUUUGCUCGACAGCGCUUCUCAGCCGAAUUUAAUUACUGAUCGCUUGGCACGCAGGUUGCAUUUGAAGAGGAGUUCUGUGAACGUGAUCAUCCAGGGGGCUGGUAAUCUUUCGAAGAAGGUGCGAGAAUCAAUCUUCGCUCGAAUCAAGUCGAGGAACGAUGCUUUCGAAUGUGGCGUUGAGUUCCUACUAAUGGACACGGUAACAGCAGAUCUUCCCACACAGGACAUUCCCGUCAAUGACUGGCAGAUUCCUCAAAAUUUAGCGCUAGCCGAUCCCAUGUUCAACAAGAGCCAACAGAUACACUCCAUCGACGAGCGUUGA